GCUAAGCUAGAGGUAGGGUUUCUAAACAUGGCAGACACCGGAAUAUUAGAGUCACUUUUACGGCUUGUGGACAAGGUGGAUGGUGGCAUUGACAGUCAGGUUGUUGCAAGCAGUCUCGGAGUUGACCAUCAAGUUGUUGUUGGGGCCGUAAAGAGUGUACAGGCUCUCGGAGAGGUGAUUGAGGCUGAGCAGCGGUCCUCCAAGCAUUGGGAGCUGACUGGAGAGGGACAGGAGAUAGCUGAGCAGGGAAGUCAUGAGGCCCGGGUGUUUAAAGCCAUUCCUGAAGAGGGUCUGUCCCAGAGUCAGCUCAUGAAACUGCCAAGUGGGAAGGUGGGCUUCAGCAAAGCCAUGUCCAACAAAUGGAUCCAUCUGGAUAAAGGGCAUGAGGGAGGCCCACGAGUUUUCAGAAUGGUAGAGAGCAUUGAGGAUGUAGUGAGGAAGAAACUGCAGCAGGUGCAGAUGGGCCAUUCCUCUCAGCUGGAGGAGAAAGAGAAGAAUGAGUUGAAGAAACGAAAACUGCUCACAGAAGUCACAGUUAAGUCCUACUGGAUCACCAAAGGCAGCAACUUCAGUACCAUCAUUACCAAACAGGAGACCGAACUCACUCCAGAGAUGAUUGCCAGUGGGAGCUGGAAGGAAAAGAAGUUUAAGCCCUAUAACUUUGAUGCGAUGGGUGUUGCUCCAGACUCUGGCCACCUGCACCCUCUGAUGAAGGUGCGGACGCAGUUCCGCCAGAUCUUCUUAGAGAUGGGGUUUACUGAGAUGCCCACCAAUAAUUUCAUCGAGAGCUCCUUCUGGAACUUUGAUUCCCUCUUCCAGCCACAGCAACACCCAGCGAGAGACCAGCAUGACACCUUCUUCUUGUCUGAUCCAGCUGUGGCUCAUGACUUUCCCCAGGAUUACCUGGAAAGGGUGAAAAAGGUCCACUCAGAAGGAGGCUAUGGGUCACAGGGAUACAAGUAUGACUGGAAGAUUGAGGAAGCUCAGAAGAACAUCCUUCGAACCCACACCACAGCUGUGAGCGCGCGCAUGCUCUACAAACUAGCGCAACAGGAGGAGUUCACACCAGUAAAGUACUUCUCUAUAGACCGCGUGUUUCGCAAUGAGACACUGGAUGCAACUCACCUGGCUGAGUUUCAUCAAAUCGAGGGUGUCGUGGCCGACUACGGCCUCACCCUGGGAGACCUGAUGGGGGUUCUGCACCAGUUCUUCACCAAACUAGGAAUCACUAAAUUGCGUUUCAAGCCUGCUUACAACCCUUACACUGAACCCAGCAUGGAGGUGUUCAGCUAUCAUAAAGGGCUGAAUAAAUGGGUGGAGGUCGGAAACUCUGGGGUCUUUAGGCCUGAGAUGCUGUUGCCUAUGGGUUUGCCAGAGGGCGUGUCAGUCAUCGCCUGGGGGCUGUCCUUGGAGCGGCCCACAAUGAUCAAGUAUGGGAUCAACAACAUUCGUGAACUUGUGGGGCACAAAGUGAACCUGCAGAUGGUGUAUGACAGCCCAGUGUGUCGCCUGGACUCUUAAGCCAUCCUCAGGAACCUUGUUGGCCAGGCCACCAACUCAUGAAAACCUGUGCUUGAGGACAUUAUCAUAUGCAAACAUCAUAGAUUCACAGAAGCAUUCUGGAUUGGUCCAUGUUGUCAUACUCUAUGUAAGCCUCCCCAGUGACACACAAACUGCUGGACAGCCUUAUCUGUCUCUGUGAUGAAAGGACUAAAGGUUAACAGACAUGUAGAAUGAGGAAAAAUGCAUGAGAAAUGUUUGGAAGGUGGAUGCAUUGUAUGCAGGAUAUUGCAUUGACAAAGUGUUUGUAUGCUUUUAGGUAGCUGGAACUUUUGGUUGUAAAAUAAAUUCACAUUUUGGAAAAUAGAUCUGUAUGUACUCUGACUUAGUAGUCUUACCCAAUCCUGACAGUUGCAACUAUCAUCAGUGAAUCUGUGUCUUUUAAUACUGAGCUGACCAAGCUAAUGGUUAUAUUUAAAGAAGCCUUACUUCGUUCAUGCCUCAUUAUAAUAUUCAUUUAUACUCAGGCAUUCAGAAAUCACAAUAGAACAUAACCAUCAUUAAGAGAACUAUUCAAACUGCUAUAUUAAAUAUGUUUAAAAUUG